AUGGACUUGCUUGAUUGCUGGUUUAACCCAACGCGCGUUGAGGAUUCGGCUUAUAUAGUCGAAGGUGUGGACAUUCAGGAGGCCAGAAACACCUGUCUGCUGUUCUCGCCCAAGGAUUCUUCGCUUUCGAGCGGAGCUUUGGCUAAUAUUUUGGCCAUUUUCAAGAAGCAUGAUAUCAACCUUGUUCACAUUGAGUCGCGAUCCUCGCUGCGAGUGCCUGGUUACGAGUUUUUCUACCAAUUUUACCUAUUUAUUUUUACAGUGACUUCAAAAGCUUUGAAGGAUAUUCCCGAAGUUUCCCUAAUGGACGAUGGUUUGGCAGCCAUGUUCGACCGAACUUGCGAUUGGGUCGCACCUCCAAUUAUUUCUAAUGGUAAGGCCACCGUCGCUCUUCGUCGGAAUGGAGAAAGACUCUUCCUGGUGGCCAACUAUGUCUGCAAUGACAACUACGAAACCUUUUAUCCCGGUGACAGUGCCAUGUUCUGUUCAAACUAUAAAUGGUUGGGUAACCGACUCAAGUGCAUUCGUCGACCUACAUAUGGUAAAGACGAAGUCAAUAUUUUAAAGUCUUCAUUUCAGAACUGUGAGGAUAAUAAUGGCGGUUGUGCCCAUAUAUGCAACAAAUCGUCUAACAAAUGCGAAUGUUAUGGGGGUUACUAUGUAAAUCCUAAUGAUCCAAGCAGCUGUGAAGAUAUCGACGAAUGCGAGGAGUCCAAUGGGGGUUGCUCCCAAUUGUGCAACAACUUGCCGGGGGAAUUCGUAUGCUCCUGUAAAAGUGGUUAUGAAAUAGAUGAAUCUGACGGUAAAACAUGUUUGGACAUUAACGAAUGCAAGGAUUCCGCUUUGUCGUGGGACUGUGAAGGUGGCUGCGAGAACCUUAUAGGUUCCUAUCGCUGUCUUCCGUCAACAGAGGGCAUACUCGUAGCCCCAAAUCAGACAUUGCCGGAAGACAACGGUGUCUUCUCGGGCACAAUAGUGUGCAAGCCUAUCGGAGAUUCUCACACAGCCUGCACGAUCCCGUGGGGCUGGUCUUCUUCCGAUCUUCGUUGUCAGCCAUCCAAUCAACGACUUGUAGAAAGCAAUGCAUACGGUUCUUCUAAGCCAGUUGAUUCUUUUUCGAAUCCUCCAGAAACCUCCAUUCACGAAAAUACCUGA